AUGAUUGAUAAUCCUGAAGAGCAACUCCAACGUGUUGUGAAUCGAUUACGAAAAGUUGUUGAAGAUUAUUCAGCACAGCGUCAAUUCGAAUCGGCUGCUUUUUGGGGUGAUAAAUUACUUUCAUUAAAUCGAAAUUCAUCUGAUGAUUUACUCCUUGUCGCCAAAUGUUUUAUGUCCAAUGGUGAUUACAAUCGAACACGUAUUCUUCUUGAAAAUUCUCCUAUGUAUCAUACAGAUCCUCAAUUUAAAUAUCUUGUUGCACUCUGUCAUUUUAAUUUAAAAGAUUAUCAAACAGCAGCAAAUGUUCUCGAAAUACUUGAAGAAAUCUUAGAUGUCGAACAACAACAACAACCAGGAACAUCAUUUAAAACACCAUUUACACCUAAAACUACGAAUAUGGAAUUUUCCAAUCCUCUUCGUGCAUCAAUCUGUUUAUUACGCGGUAAAGUUGCUGAAGUUCUUGGUUCAUUACAACAAGCAAUGAAAUUCUAUGAAGAAGCACUUCGUUUCGAUGUUUUUUGUGCCGAAGCAUAUGAAAAAUUAAUUAAAAAACAUAUGUAUACACCAGAAGAAGAACAACGAUUAGUUGAACGAAUGAUCAUUGAAAAGCAAUGUGAUACUGAUACUGCUUCAGUUGUACGAUGUUUAUAUGAACAAGAAGUGCAUCAAUAUAUGAAACCAAUUGUUGUUAAUCUUCCAACAUAUACAAUCGGUUUAUUAAAUGAUAAUGCUGAUUAUUGUAUAAAUAUUGCAGAAAAGUUUUAUUAUAAUUAUAAAUUUCGUGAAUCAUUCGAUUUAUGUAAAAAAGUUCUCACUCAUAAUCCAUUUCAUCAACAUGGUUUAUUUAUAUAUAUUGCAUUACUUUAUGAAAUGAAAGAUAAAACUGAAUUAUUCAGCUUGGGACAUCGAUUAGCAAGACAAUGUCCUGAAAAUCCCAUCAGUUGGUUAGCUGUUGGUUGUUAUUAUUUGGUAACAAAAAAACCUGAACCAACACGUCGUUAUUUAGCUAAAGCAACAUCAUUAUGUCGAAGUUUUGGUCCAGCAUGGCUUGCAUUAGGUCAUUCUUAUGGUCUCGAAUCUGAACAUGAUCAUGCUAUAUCAGCUUAUUUCACUGCUGCAGAUGUUAUGCGUGGUUGUCAUUUGCCAAUACUUUACGUUGGCCUUGAAUAUAGUUUAACAAAUAAUCUUCGAUUAGCUGAACGUUUAUAUUCUGAAUCAUUAAAAUUUUACCCCGAUGAUCCAGCUGUACUUCAUGAAUUAGGUGUAAUUAAUUAUCUUAAUCGAGAAUAUAAUCAUGCAUCACAUUUCUUUCAACGUGCUUUAGCUAAAGUUGAAGCGAUUGAUCAAGUGGAUUUAUUACCUUAUUGGGAACCAUUAUUUAAUAAUAUGGGACAUGCAUGUCGAAAAUUAAAAAAAUAUGAAGAAGCAAUAGCUCAUUUUAAAAAAUGCCUUGGUUUAACACCACGUAAUCCACAAACACUUAUUGCUAUUGGAUUUGUUCAUGCUUUACAAGGAAAUUAUGGUCAAGCUAUUGAAUAUCUUCAUCAAGGUCUUUGGUUAAGUCCAGCUAGUUCAUUUGCUCAAACACUAUUAAAUAAAUGUUUCAACAUGACACAAAGUAAAACUUACGUCGAACAAUUACCAGAACCACCAAAUGAUUUAAAUGAAUAUUUAUCAUCACGACAAAAUAGCACAAUUACUCAAGCAGAUAUUAUCCCGGUUACUCUUCCAUCUUCAGUCUUAGAAGAAUCUGAUCAAGGCGGCACAUCCAUGAUUACAACAUAG